AUAUAAAGACCCUAGCUCAAACCCUUUUCUUCCAGCAUAGCAUUGAGCAAACUCAAGUUAACUAACACUACAACAAUCAUCAAACAUACGCGUAAUUCUGCAUCCGAAGAGAGAAAAGAGGUACAAUGGCAACUCGUCAGCAAGAGCGACAAGAGCUUGAUGAGAGGGCAAAGCAGGGAGAGACUGUUGUUCCUGGAGGCACUGGUGGCAAGAGCCUUCAAGCUCAGGAACAUCUUGCUCAAGGGAGGAGCAAGGGAGGGCAGACAAGGAAGGAACAGCUGGGUGCAGAAGGGUACCAGGAAAUGGGGCGCAAGGGAGGGCUGAGCACUAUGGACAAGUCAGGAGGAGAGCGUGCUGAAGAGGAAGGUAUUGAGAUUGACGAGUCCAAGUUCGCCACUAAGAAUCAGAACAAGUGAUCAGUGAUCAUGUAACAUGUGUGAUGUGUGUACAUAUAUGCUAGCUGAAAUGUGUGUCAACUGUCAAGUGUACGUUCUAUGAAGUUAGUGUUUCAUCUAGUAGUUUAGAAUAGGUCGCUGAGUGUCUUGUGUUUCUGUUCAGUUUGUCUAAUAAUUAGCUAGCAUAUGGUAGUAGUCUUAGUCUGAUGUGUUUUAGGUUUAGUUAUAGGGUGGGUGUCUUU